AUCCACAACUGCCCAUAGCUCUCUCCUGUUUGCCCAGUCUGGACCUCCUCAGCCAAUUUAAUCCAUCUUCCUCUCCAGUCCCCUGACCUUAAGGGCCCACUUGGCCCCCCAAGGCCUCUAGAACACCCUCCUUCUGCCAUGACUUAUUAAGACUCUCUGAAGAGUGAGAAGAUCUUCAGAGCAUGUUCAUCUUUAUCAAACAUGGAGAUAAUCAGCAGUUUCUGGCCAAUACUAAUUGUUCUGUCCUCCUGUUGCUGCAUUACGUCCGUCAUGAAGUGGGGUUGCCUGAUACAGACACCAUCGAUUUGUGUGAUGCAAUGGGGACAAUGCAGUUGUUUUUCCUGAUGAAGACCCUUGGAGACUAUGCCAACAAAUUCCUUACAGCUCGAAACACCUACUACGUUUGUAGGGUGGAGCAUAAGGCACCAGGAACUGGACUUAAGAAUGCCUACAGAGCUUUUGUGCCCCUCCUUAAGGACCCAGAACCCAAGAUAAUUGAUGCCUUGCGUACACAACGUGACCUCCUGCUGAGGGGUCAAAUUGAACAGUUUGGAAGCCAAGAAGCCAAGAGAGUCGCUCCAAUUGAAUCAUCAGUGAAACUCCCAUCCAAAUUAUCAAGAUGCUCAGAUGAAGUGGGGACCACUCGCAGUGGUCCACUCUUUAAGACCAGAGGGAACAUUAUCCGUAGUAGGGAUAAACAUCGCUAACAAAAUAAAGUGACCAAGUGAGAGCAGCAA